CAGACCGGUAGCCGAACAGGACGGUGACGGUACAGCUAGCUGUAGCCGGAGUUCGGCUUCUCCAGUCGGUUACAGGCAGUUUACAGAGCCGCUCUGUGGACCAGAGUUCAGUUAAAGUUCCCAAGUGUUAAAAUGUGAAUGUAGUCAUCAAAACACAGCUUUAAGUUGCUCAGGAAGUUUAAAGUUUAGCAUAACCUUGACUCGUAGUGACCCCUCCUGUUGAAAAGGUGCUAUUUAAGGUCCGAAUGGAUAAAACCACUGGAAGAGCUCGUCACCAGGACACGAACCCGUGCAUCGAGGAAACCGAUGCCUCCCAGAAGUGUAUGGACACCUACAACUAUGAUAGGAGCAUGUGCUCGGCCGAUUUCCAGAGAUAUAAGAACUGCAGGACGUACUGGCACAAUAUCAUGAUGCAGAGGAAAAGAGAUGGAGUUAAACCUUACAUGCCCACAGCAGCACAGAGGCUGGAGAUGCUCGGUGCCCUUGGAGGCAAACCUUACUAACGAUAACGAAAGUCUUGAAGAGUUACCAACAGACGCCAUGAUGGGCUGAUCUUCUGUCUGUUACUGAGUAACAACAGAGUCUAGUUGUAAAAGACUGAUUGUGGUUAACUGUGAUGGACAGACACCUUUGUUUUCUGAGGGGCGUCGCCCGUCUAUCUGUUCUGAAU